AUGGAUGUUUUGUCGGCUACUGGAUUCUUAAACUAUUAUGGAAGAGUGACUGACAGUCGGAACAUAGAGGUCAAGCCAGUAAUGUUCAGAAAGGGGAACACUAAGCUGGCGUUAUACGGUAUAUCCAAUUUGCGAGAUGAAAGGAUGAAGCAUACUUUCAAGCAUGGAAGAGCAAAAUUUUUGAGACCAAGUGUCCAAACAAAUGAGUUUUUCAAUCUUCUUGCAGUCCACCAAAACCACCAUGCUCACACCAAGCGGGGUGUCUUUCCAGAGGAGUAUAUUCCAGAUUACAUUGAUGCAGUAGUUUGGGGCCAUGAGCAUGAGUGUCUCAUUGACCCCAAGAUAAAUGUGCGUAAAGGUUUCAGCGUUAUUCAGCCAGGAAGUUCAGUAGCUACCAGUUUGAUUGAAGGUGAAGCGGUGCCUAAGCAUGUAGCUAUUAUGUCAGUCACAGGGAAAACGUUUACCAUGGAGAAUAUUAGACUGAAGACAGUGAGGCCCUUUGCGAUUGAAACGGUUGAACUUUCUCGGAGCCCUAUUAAGCCUGGAGUUGAUAAUAGGACACAGGUCACUAGAUGGCUCGAGAAAAGGGUCAAAGACCUGAUCCAACGAGCAGUAAACGAGUGGGAAGAAGUUAAUAGAACUCCAGGUUUUGAUAACAAUGGAGAAGAUAAAACUGGAUGUCCCUUGCCACUGAUCCGGCUCAAAGUUGAAUAUUCAGGUGAUUAUCAAGUUGAGAACCCAACAAGAUUUUCCAAUAGAUUUGUCGGUCAAGUUGCCAAUGUUGAUGACGUAAUCCAUUACUUUCGACGUAAAGUUUCUAGCAGCAAUGGAAAGGGACAAAAUAUUUCAAGAACAGAUAUUACUAUUAACAAAACUAAAGACGAAAAUGGGCUUGAAAUGAUUCAAGUGGAAGAGUUGAUAGAGGAGUUUCUUAAAACAGAUGAGAUGAGCCUUUUACAUGGCAGAGCGCUGUCAACUGCAAUAAAUAAUCUCGUCACCAAAGAAGAUAAGGCAGCAAUAAAACAAUUUUUCGAGAAAUCUUUGGAAGUUCAGUCCAAAGUGCUUGUUGGAAUGGGCGUCGAGGAUGUUCAAUCGAUCAUAGCUGCCCUUGAAAAGACCAAAAUUAAUACUCAAGAAAGCUUAAAAGAGAUUGCAGAUGAGCAAACCCCUUCGAGUACCGCAAGGUACCAUUCAUCAGACAGCCUGGAACCAGAGUCACUUCGAACAGGAUCCAAGGCAAAAACUGAUCUUGCCACCGAAUCUACACAAAGACAAAGGGCCGUGCCAGUAAAAACGACUGGGAGAGGAAGGAAUACCCGUACAAAGGUGUCAACAAACUACGAGGAUGAUGAAAAUGAUGAUGACCUUGAUGAAGGAAAUAUUUUGCCGAAGACUAGUCGACUAUCGACUCGAACUCGGAAGCCUACCUCACAGCCAGUCAUAAGGGUUGUCUCGGAUUCAGACGAACCACUGGACAUAGAUGACGACAAGGAUGAUGAUGAAGAAGGAGAAGAAGAAGAAGAAGAUCCUGAGGUCAUAAUUUCCGAUUACGAUGAGCCAGCGCCAACGCCACCGCCGCGUAGGACGACGGGUCGUAGUACCAGAGCUCGUCCUGGUCUCUCAGCAGCAAGGCGACAAGCGCCGAAAUCCAGCACCACUAGUAAUCAGGUUAUUUCCCGACCGCCACAAGUCAGAAAACCAACACCAAUACAGGCUGAAAGACCGUCGCAGCGAGCCAGUUCUAGGAUGGCAGCAGCAGCUGUAAGUAGUUGUGUUUCACCUUAUCAUUCUCAAAUGUUACCUCUAACACGCUUUUUAGAAUAA